GCCAUUUCUCAAGAAGGUAUCUAGCAGACAACAUAGUAUCAUGGCAGAAAAAGUCGACGUUCUGAUCUGCGGUAGCGGCUCCGCGGGCCUUUGCGCCGCCACCUGGCUUGCUCGACAUGGCAUCCCUUGCAAGAUCCUGGAGCGUCGGGAGGGACCUAUGACAAUGGGACAAGCAGAUGGUGUGCAGUGCCGCACGGUCGAGAUCUUUGAGAGCUUCGGAGUUGGCGAAGAGCUGUUGCGCGAGUCAUACCAUGUGCUGGAGGUCGUGUUCUGGGCAGAUGAUAGUGGUUCGGGCGUUAUACGUCGCACGGGCAAGACUGCAGACACCCAACCCGGAUUGUCCCAUCAGCCACAUGUCAUUCUGAACCAGGCGCGCAUCAACAUGCUUCUCAUCGAGCUGAUGAAGAAAUUCAACAACCAGGAGAUUGAUUACGGGUAUACCGUGAAGGAUGUCCAGGUUGACAGUCAGCUUUCGGGGGAUCCGGAGGCGUAUCCGGUUAAGGUUACUGCGGAAAAGGACGGGAAAGUAGAAAGCUUUGAAGCGAAAUAUGCUCUGGCAUGUGAUGGUGCUCAUAGCACUGUGCGCAAGGCCCUGGGAUACACCAUGAUUGGCGAUAGUACCGAUGCUGUCUGGGGUGUCAUGGAUAUGGUUCCACGAACGGACUUUCCCGACAUUCGGAAGAAAUCCACCAUCCGUUCCCGGGCAGGCAACCUUCUGAUUAUACCCCGAGAAGGAGAUAGCUACGGUCUGACCCGGUUCUACAUUGAGCUCCCGACUGGUACGAAGGCAAAAGAUGUCAGAUUGGAAGAUCUGCAAGGCGCCGCCAAGAAGAUCCUCAGUCAGUACGAGAUCGACUUCGUGGAGACCGUAUGGUGGUCAGCAUAUGCGAUCGGUCAGCGUCAUGCGGACUUCUUCCACAAGGACCAUCGUGUUUUCCUCGCGGGAGAUGCAUGUCAUACGCAUUCGCCGAAGGCGGGCCAAGGCAUGAAUGUCAGCUUGCAAGAUGGGUACAAUAUGGGCUGGAAGCUUGCUUCGGUGCUAAAGGGCUUGGCUCGUCCCUCAUUGCUAGAGACGUAUGUGCUCGAACGGCAAAAGGUGGCUAUCGAUCUGAUUAACUUUGAUCGCUACUUUGCCAAGUUGUUCUCGUCUCAGGGGGAUGCAUCGCCCCAGGAAUUCCAGGAGGGUUUCAUCAAGUCCGGGAAAUACACGGCAGGUUUGACCGCCAAGUAUGACGAAUCUCCGAUCACGUCCGAUACGGGGUUGUCGAAGGAACUCUCCCCGAACAUCGCGAUUGGAAUGCGGCUGCCUAGCGCGCAGGUUGUGCGAUUCUGUGACUCCAAACCGAUGCAGCUGGCUGCAUCGCUCAAGUCCGAUGGUCGCUGGAGAGUCAUUGCAUUUGUGGGGGAUCUCAGCGAGCCACAGAACAUGGCCGCCUUGAAAGAGAUUGGGGAUUAUCUUGGCUCUGACGAGAGCCCCCUCCAGACGUUCCGCCUCAAAGGCGGCGAUGCCGACAGUCUUAUCGAGCCAAUACUGGUGGGAUAUGGCAACCGACAUGACGUCGAGCUGGCGCAGGUUCCGGAAUGCUUCUAUCCAGUGACAGGCAAGAAUCAUAUCAGAGACCUGCACAAGAUCUUCUUCGACGAUGAGAGCUACAACAAAGGCCAUGGGCACGUUUACGAGCAUCUUGGCAUCCGUCCGGACAAGGGUGCUAUUGUCAUCGUGCGUCCGGAUCAAUACGUAUCUGCUGUGUUCAGUCUCGAUGGAUAUAGUCGAAUCGGUGCAUUCUUUGAGGGAUUUAUGAUCCCACAAGAGAGGCCGGAGCCGCUGGCGGGAAGCAAGUUGUAAUCGCAGACACGCGUGCUCUGCAAUACUGAUGACAAACAAUUUCAGCCACGCUCACCAUGUCGGAGUGAGACGAGUGAGCAAAGUUUAAACAAGGAUAAUGCCAUUGAGCGGGUUGAAUGAGGUGGUAUGGAUGAGCAGCUCCUUGCUGUUGAAGAAAUAUUUAUAGUACCAUUGCGAACACGUCGACUCUAAUCAGCAAUAAACUUGGCAAUUCCGGUAUACCAUCUAUUUUCUUUCCGCACACCCAAACUGAAGAUGGCUCCCCAUGUCAUUGAGGCCAACUCCCAAACACCCGGACCAGAGUUGAAGGAAUUUGCUGCAAAGGGCGUACCGGCGACCUCCAGCGAGUCCGGAGACACGGUUCAGAAC